GCACUCUUCCGGCGGGGCUCCGCCCGGAGGGAGCCGGGGCUGCAGGGUGGCGGCUGCCCCGGAGGGUCUGGCUGCUCGAAGGUUUCUCGACUCUGGUCCAACAGCCUCAGCGCCUGGCCGUCUCCCCCGGCGGCCCCCGCCGGCCCCGGCCUCCCGAGGCCCCGCGACCUGCGCCCCACGCCGGUGCGGCCGCAGCGACUCGCCGCGGACGAGCACACGUUCACGAACGGUGUUUCGCGCAGGAUGUUUGGUGCCAGGAACCAGGAGCCGGUUUGCUGAAUUAUUAUCCCCGCCACUCCGGGUUGCUGUGAGCCCCUGGGGAGGAAGGUCCUUCCAAGUGGCGGCCCAGGUGGAGGGCGCACCAGGAAGCCAUUUUCAAGAACUUCUGCCACAGGCGUAAAGGACUCCAGACCUGCGAAGAUGCUGAAACAGAUACUGUCGGAGAUGUUCAUAGAUCCCGAUCUGCUGGCAGAGCUCAGCGAAGAACAGAAACAGAUCCUGUUCUUCAAGAUGAGGGAGGAACAGAUCCGCCGAUGGAAAGAAAGAGAAGCAGCAAUGGAAAAAAAGGAGUCCUUGCCAGUGAAAUCCAGACCAAAGAAAGAGAACAGCAAAUCCGUUCAUUGGAAACUGGGAGCGGAUAAAGAGGUCUGGGUCUGGGUGAUGGGCGAGCACCACCUGGACAAACCCUACGACGUGCUGUGUGAUGAAAUUGUCGCCGAGAGGGCCCUGAAGGCACAGCAGGAGGCAGAAGAGCCCAGCAAAGCUCAGUCCAAAGAACUCACCAACAGCUUCACCUCGAAGUCACAAUACUGCAGUCUGCAGAUCCCCAGCACCUGGGAGUCUCAGACCCUCCGUCAGAAAGCGGCAGGAGAGGAGGAGUCGGGGCCAGACUCGAGACCAGCAGCACCCCUUAAAGGAGAGAAAAUGCCAUCACCCUCCAGUUCCUCAAGAAAUAUUCAACAAAUGUUGGCAGAUUCUAUCAAUCGUAUGAAGGCAUAUGGAUUUCACCAGAAGAAAGAAUCCAUGAAGAAAACACAAGAUGAAGAAAUAAAACAAAUCGGGGAAGAGAGAACCAAGCAGAUUUAUAUGAGCUGGAAAGAGGAUUCGGAGUGGCAGGCGUCUUUGCGAAAAUCCAAAGCAGCUGAUGAGAAGAGACGCUCCUUGGCUAAACAAGCGCGGGAAGACUACAAGAGGUUAUCCCAGAAAGCAAGAAGCAGUGAGGGACUGCAGAGCCCCCCAAGUGUUCCGCAGAAACCAAAGAGACCUCCCCUUCCACCCAAGCCUAAAUUCCUACACCCAGCAGAGUACCCCCGAAAGCCUCUUAGAAACCGAGGAGUGACGAGGACAGCCUCUGGCUGUGCCCCAGAGGACAUCAUCCGAUGGUUCAAAGAGGAGCAGCUGCCCCUGCGAGCAGGCUACGAGACAGCGUCCGACACCAUCGCCCCCUGGUUCCACGGAAUCCUCACACUGAAGAGAGCAAACGAACUCCUGAGCACAUGCGUGCCGGGCAGCUUUCUGAUCCGAGUCAGCGAAAGGAUCAGAGGCUAUGCCUUGUCCUACCUGUCCCAGGACGGCUGUAAGCAUUUCCUCAUUGACGCCUCCGCGGACUCCUACAGCUUCCUGGGCGUGGACCAGCUGCAGCAUGCCACCCUGGCGGAGCUGGUGGAGUACCACAAGGAGGAACCCAUCACCUCCCUGGGGAAGGAGCUCCUCCUGUACCCCUGCGGCCAGCAGGACCAGCCCCCUGACUACCUGGAGCUCUUCGAGUGACAGUCCCCAACACACCACCUGCAGCCUCCUGCUGGGCUUUCCUCUCAGGAGACACCGCUGAAAUGGAUGUUUGCAUGUGAAGCCAAAAUGACCCUGCGGCCGAGCCAGUACCCACCAACUGAAAGUGCCCUUGGAAUCCUACGGAAAUCGUCUUCUGCACGAAUGCUGGGGUCUCAUAUUAAGAGGAAGCUACCUGGGAACCAGAUGCGCUCCGAAAGUGAAGGGCGACUCCCCACUUCGGUGACUGCCCAGCAUGAGAGCUACCACCUUAAUGAUGCAUGUAAGAUAAAGUGAACCAAGAAGACAUUGAAAGCUGGUGGGAACUAUUUCAUGGCAUUUAUACACUCUCUUUGCAUCAUCUCAGGAGGUCUCAUGGUCCUAUUUGUGUGAAGUUACAUUCUGGCUUGAGGGAGCUAGCAAAAAAAAACUCUUUAUUGAUGGCUGUUGACCCCCCACACACACUUCAGUUAUUGUGCAUGCGGGAGCCAGGACAUGAGACAUAAGAAAACACAGUUGAGAAUGAAAAUUGAAUGCGUUUUAAAAUACAGGGUGGGAGGCUUAACAAGUACAAAGCCACUGUGGACCAGGAGAGCCAGCAAACAUCUAUGAGAGCGCUUCCGCAGUCAGGACGGCCCAGACAGCGCUGCCUGUGUACUUGGGCUGUACCCAGGAGUGCACCAAGGAUGGGCGUGUGCAUAUGAGGUGCUACUUACUGGUGGUGACUGACAGAAUAGUGAGGGGUGUGGACACUACUUGCAGGUUGCACUGUGUGCCCCAGAAGAUAUGUUGAAGGCCUAGCCCCCACACCCUUGAAUGUAGCCUUAUUGGGACACAGGGUCUUUGUAGACGGAAUCAAGUUAGGAUGAGGUCAUACCAAAUUAGGGUGGCCCCCAUAAUCAGUGACUGGCAUCAUUAUAAGGAAAGGGGGAUUUGGAAACAGAGACACAUGCAGAGGGAAGAAGACGUGAGAGAACAGAGACUGGAGUGAUGCUGUUACAAGGCAGGAUUGCCAAGGAUUGGCGGCAACCACAAGGAGCUAGGAGAGCAGAGCGGCAUGGAACAGCCUCUCCCGGGGCCUUAAAGGGAACGUCACCCCACCAACACCUUGACCUGCAAACUCUAGCCUCUGUAACUAUGGGGGAAUAAGUUUCCAUUGUUUUAAGCCAGUGAGUUUCUGGUAGUGUUACCGCAGCCCUAGGAAACCAACACAGUUUUUACAAUUACGGAACCUGAUGCGCAUCGCCUACCAUUUGUUGAUGUACAGUCUGCCCUCCUCAUAAUGAAGGCCAAAUGGGAGAAGAGAAGGACCUUCCUCUGGCUCUAUUCAGCUCCGGGAUGAAGAGUCGCUCAGUCAGGAGUCCUGCGCCACACCCCGCCUCCGGCCUCGACAUGUGCAUGGCCUGGCCGAGGAGGCUCGGAGCCACGAGCUCAUCCUUCCCGGAGGGGGGAGAGUUACUCAUACUGUAGCCCUAACUCCCUGUGGCAGCCUUGUUUUAAAGGAAGCAGGACGUGGUAGCAACUUGUUCAGGAGGUUGUUGGUUGUGUAAAGCACUCAUUGAGAGUGUAAAAUGUGCCCCGAAAAGAGGGCAGGGUGUGUAUCUGUGCAUAAUGUAUGAGUGUGCAUGGGUGGAUAUGUGUACUUGAAUGAAAAGUGUUUACACAUGGAUGUUUCUUGAACCGUUUGGUGCAGUUCCUAGGGUUCGAGAGACACUCUCAGACAACCAUCUAAGAGAACCUGUCGCUCAGCUUGUUUGUGCGACUCAGCAGUGGCGGCCUGGAGGAACUGCAGAGGCCGCACACUAGGCGUCAGGAACCUCCCUGAACCUCAGUCUUCAAUUCUAAUAAAACAAGGUAUUUUAA